CCCUCUCGUCUGGUGGUGGGGGCAGCAGAUUCAUAUUUCGUUUGGCAUUCUACACUUGUCAAGCUCGCCGUGGGACGCCGUCCGUCGUCGUCAGCCCUACGUGGUUGUUCUCCGUCUGAAGAAGGUACGAACCCUAGGGCUUUGUCUUGUCCCAAAAUCCGAAAAUGUUUAAGAAUACAUUCCAGUCUGGAUUUCUUUCCAUCUUAUAUAGCCUUGGGAGUAAACCUCUACAGAUAUGGGAUAAGGAAGUUGUCAAUGGCCAUAUAAAACGACCACAGGAUGAAGACAUACAGUCCAAUGUACUUGAAAUAGUUGGAUCCAAUAUCCAAUCCACAUACAUCACAUGUCCUGCAGAUCCAGCUGCAACACUUGGUAUAAAACUUCCGUUCUUGGUUAUGAUUGUGAAGAAUCUAAAGAAGUACUUUACAUUUGAGAUUCAAAUUCUGGAUGAUAAGAAUGUGAGACGAAGAUUUCGGGCUUCAAAUUUCCAAGCUGUGACUCGAGUGAAGCCGUACAUUUGCACCAUGCCACUGAAAAUGGAUGACGGCUGGAAUCAAAUCCAGUUGAACCUGGUUGAUUUGACCAAGAGAGCUUAUGGCACCAACUACAUGGAGACUCUGCGAGUUCAGGUCCAUGCAAACUGCCGCCUGAGAAGGAUAUAUUUCUCCGAUCGCCUCUACUCUGAAGAGGAGCUCCCGCCAGAAUUCAAGUUGUACCUUCCAAUGCAGAAAGCAGCAUGAAAAUGUCAUCAUGGGAGGAGGGAUUUUACAGCCAUAAAAGGAGUAGAUGUUAUUCUUUAGGCGUAUUAGGUACCCGUUUUGUAAGCCUACUCAUUUCGUCUUUAGCUAUUGUCAGUCUAACGCACAAAUUAAUGAGAACCCCUACAUAUCCUCUGUUUCUAAUUAGUUUAAGAAGGCACUUUUCAAUGGAUCUGGGAUUUAAGCAGUAGUGGCUGCUCUGGUUGUCUGUAGUACUUGUUGUAUUAAUGCUUCCAUAUGAUGAAGAGUGCUGUAUAGUAUUAGUUUACUAUUACUGGUAAACGCUUGAAUAAUUAAUGCAUUUUAGGAUAAUUCUUUGAA